GGGACAGUGCCGGCUGCUGCUUUCGCUCGGAAGAACACUUCAAGAAUGAGUCCACCUCAAGACAGAAGUAGAUCUUCCUGCAACAGUGAGCCUCUGGCAAAGUGCCUUCAAGCAAAGAAGGACUUGGAAACAGCUAUAUCUGGAAUCGUCAAAGCAGAGCAACAGAUUAAAGAGAACUGGCGGGAGGUAAAGGCGAAGAUUCACAGCCACAUAAGCCGUCACCUGGAAUGCCUGCGCAGUCGGGAAGUUUGGCUGUUUGAGCAGGUAGAUCUCAUUCAGCAGCUGAAAGAGGAAGCACUGCAGCAGCAGGCACAGCAGCUCUACUGGUAUCUGGGACAAUUCAAUUGCCUUAUUCAUCAGUUGGAACGCUCCUAUAGCAAGGAACUAGCAAACCAGAUUUCAGUUUGCCUGGAGAGACUGGCAAGUCUGACUCUUAAACCAGAGGAGUCUUCUGUCCUGAAUUUUGAGGCUGACACAUCUUACCUUCGCCAGGCAAUUACCUCAUUUGGUUCAAUUAAAACAAUGCAGACCUCAGAGAGAGAGAAUACUUCUCCCUGGUUCCCAGGGCAGAAUUGUACCCUAAUGAGCUAUGAGCAGCAGAAAACAUUGUGUGGGACAGUGAGUGCCUCACUUGCUGACUGGUUACUUGGAAGCCGACCUGCAGCUGUCUGCCAGGUUCCGUACAUUCCCAGCACCAAUCUUGAAGAGUGGGUUACACAGAAAUGCAUGUCAGAGCCCAGCCAGGAUUUAAAUUCUUCCAAAGUCUGUUAUUUUGAGAAGGCCUGGGGAAAUCUGAAAGAUUUGGAAAACUGGCUCCUGCAGAACCAACAGUGUGAUGUUGCUGGGCAGACAGACUCCGCUGGCCGUAAGGACUCCACCUCUACUUUCAGCUCAUCCUUUUCCACUGUUGAAAAGGUGGAGAAACUGGAAUCCCUUGGACAAGAAGAGAUGGACCUUUCUGACUGGCUGCUCACUCCUGACACACAAAAUAGAAGUAGUGCGUCAGAUGAGAAAUGGAAGUAUGAAUUUAAACCUUUUAGGGAAGAAUGUGAUUGGAAUGAUUGGCUCCUCAAAGCUGAAACAUGCACCAGUUGCUGUGGCAGCCAGACCAAAAGUGUGGAAAUUGAGAACCUGGGAAAUCUGAAGUGCCUGAAUGAACAUCUUGAUGGGAAGAAGUCACCCACCAUGCCUGCUGUAAAUGCUUGGCUUCUUCAGCACCCCCAGGUCUCAUUUAAAGUGGAAGAUGUGUGCAAAGCUAAUGAGCUGUGUACCAGCUUUUCAGAAUGCAUGUGUGAUGAAAACUGUGGAAAAGAGGCUCUGUGUAAAUGGCUUCUGAAGAAAGAAGGGAAGGAUAAAAACGGAGUUCCAGUCAGCCAGAAAGAUGCACCAAACCUAGAGCACGAGAAGACGAAGUCUGCUGCCAAUAGCUGGCUUAACCCUGCACAGCAGCUCAGAGGGGAACCUGUUAGUGCAGAGAAAGCAGAUUAUUCAGCAGAGAUCGCAGAACCUUUGAAAGUACUGCUCGAAAGGCCUCUGACAAGCUGGCUAGCCAAGUCUGAGCACAAAGCAGAAAGUGCAGAAGAAAAGACAAGUAGGGAAAAAGCAGAUAGUAGCUUCAAGAGUCCUUUCCUAGACCUCUUGGCUCCAUUCCACCUGCCCUUGAAUGUAAACAGUUGGGUGUUGACUUCAAACAACCUAGAAAACACUAACCCACCUCCAGCAGAGGAUAAAUGGCUUCUACGCAAGAAAGCACAAGACUUUGGCCUUCCUACAGUCUGUGACCUUUUUGCCUGUAUGAAACUCAGUGGAGAUAAAGACAAAUGGCUGUAUCAGACUCCUUUGCAGAUGUGAAGAACUGGAAGCACUGAAAUCAUCCCUUUGCUGAUCAAUCGCACAUCACGCUGAGUGACUGCAGCCAGAUGAAUUCUUGUGUUUUGUGUUUGCCCGUCUGCUUUUUCUUCUAAAAUUAUAACAAAAGGAAAGAAUAUUAUGUAACAGAGUUAUGGUGCAGAAGAUGCCUUUUUGUUAUGAUUCAUUCUGAAAUGUAAACCCACUGAGCAUAUGCAAUCUGAUACUAUAGAGCUGUUAGUAAAUUCUUAUCUGUUACGGGACUACGUGAAUCUUCUUUGAUGGGUUGCCACUUGAAGUAAGUUGAAGCCAGUGUAAGUGUAAAGCAAAAUCUCUCUGGUACUGUGAAACAUCCACCUUUGGAACUGACUUUAAAAGUUGCUGUUCCUUUCAGCUGUUGUAACUUUAUCAUGAGGUGAGUUCCAGCUGAUUUGGAUCGUAAGCAACUUAGGCUGUAUUUGGAAGCAAUUUGUGUCUUGUAUUGGUGCGUCUCCCAGAUAAGUAUGUAUAGUGCAGGUUUUGAAAAAGACAUGAAUUCACGUGGCAGGAGAAUUGGUAACUUAGUUUUGAAUGGAACUCUUCUUGCAAGUAUUUGAACCAUUCAGAGAACAGGGUAGGGUGUUAAUUUUUAUGCAUCAGCAGAUCAGAUCCUACUGUGUCCCCAGCAUUUAAAAGGUAUUUGAAUGUCACUGAAAAAGCUGUAACAUGGAAUGGGUACAUUUCUGCUAGUCGUGUCUAGAUGAUUCAUAAUGACCUCUUAAUUGACUAAACCACUGGAAAGCAGGCAUUGUAGCUACAUAUUGUUUAUAGUAUUUAGGGAAUUGGAUGCCUUGUCAUCAGGCUGAUGUCAUGCUGUUUACUGGGAAAACACUAACCUGGCAAACUGCAUGGCUCCCACUGAUCCAUUUGAAAGACAUUGCAUCUGUGCAUUUCCAUCCUGUUAUGCAUAUCAAAGUAGGGUUGACUCUGACCUCUAGAGCCAUAGACAUAAUACGAGCAAUACCUCUUUAGGUAUUUAGCAUUGUGAGUCCACAGGAAAGAGUGCUGUUAGAUGGAAGUGUGGAUCCUGCCUGUCAGCUUGCAUGAAAAACUGUGAAGUUCCUGGUGCAGCUUUCUACUCACUGGUCUCAAUGACUAUGAAAAAAACAUAGCCUCUCAUUCUCCCCAUCCCUGCAGCCUGCCUGGUAAUAAAAGUGAUUUCACUUCUUCACUAUCUUAUAGAAAAAGAAAUGGGCAGUAUCUAACCUUAGAAUCACUUUGCAAUGUGAAGACAUUCCUGUCUUGACAGAACCUAUGCAUUUGGUUAAAAAUGAGUUUGUAGUCUGAGAGGGACAUGUUGCACAUCUGAAACCAGACCCCAAAAGUGCUUAGUCAGUGGACCACUUGAGGCUUUUGUUUUUGGAGUUCACUUUCCUCUUCAAACAUGUCCUUGCUGCAUGGGAAGACUGCAACGUGACUAACUCCCCUAACAGCCUAAUUUGAUUAGCAGUUGAACUUUUUGAAGGUGAUUGAUGUGCAGCCCACUUCUAAUAAUUCUUUGUAGUUGUCAGUGUGUGCUACUUUGUCAGUUCAUUAUGCGCCUUUAAAACCUGGGGGUGUGUAUUCCUUUACUUACUCAUCUGAUUUGUUAUCACUAACUGAUAUUUAUGUAAAACAUUUUAUUAAUCUUCUCCAUUAAAAAGUAAU